UGAUCUUCCUCGAUCUUUAGAUUUAACACGUUUACAUUGGUGUUGUUCUGUAGAAGUACCCAGUCAGAGAGGGGACGGAAUCAUCAACAGCGUAAUAGAGUAUAAAGACAUUACUGCUUGAAGAGUGAAGUGACACUGAUUUAGUACCACUCGUUUGCCCAGUAUGGCAUUUGGGGCACCCAGAUACGUUGAUUAUAGCGAUGGAGUACCAGACAUGGUCAAACAAUUCGUCGUGUACUUCUACCGACACAUCAGGGAGCGGAACAUCCCAGAGAUCUUCUCCAUGUACGAGGUGUCCUUCGCCAAGCUGAGCGAGAGGUUCUUCAAGGGCACAACAUGGCCUCCAGUGGAGUACAUUGCAGAGCUGGUGGACAAGGACUCAGUCUUCUGUCUGCUCUACAAGGAGAUGUACUUCCGGCAUCUGUACGCCACGGUGCAGCCAACCCUCGAACAGCGGUGUGAGUCCUGGGACAACUACUGCGCCAUCUUCAACAUCAUGCUGAGCUCCAGCAUCAACAUGCAGCUGCCGAACGGGUGGCUGUGGGACAUGGUGGACGAGUUUGUGUACCAGUUCCAGAGCUGGCAGCAGUACCGGGGCAAGCUCAACACGAAGAGCGCUGAGGAGCUGGAGACUCUGCGCAACUGCGACCGCGUCUGGUCCAUCCUCUCCGUCCUCAACUACCUCCAAGCCCUUGUCGACAAGUCUGGCAUCGUUGCCGAGCUCUCCGCGCCAGGUGGUCAAGAGCGGUUUUACAAGACGGAAGGGUACGAGGCCGGCAGCAACGUGCUGCGCAUGGUGGGCUACUUCAGCCUGGUGGGCCUGCUGCGCGUGCACACCCUGGUCGGCGACUACCACGGCGCCCUCAAGGCUCUCGCAGUCGUCCACCCCUUCCAGCGCACCAACCUAUACACCCCCAAAAUUGCAGGCUGCAACAUAGCGCUGUACUACUACAGCGGCUUCUGCUACCUGCUCCUGCGCCGCUACCUGGAUGCUGCGCGCGCCUUCAACAACGUCCUCAAUUACAUCGCCAGGGUGAAGCAGUACCACUCGCGCAGCGCGCAGUACGAGCAGAUUCUAAAGAAGAACGAGCAGAUGUACGCUCUGACCGCCAUUGUGCUCGCUCUGUGCCCCGCCGCGCAGCGCGAACUCGAUGAGAACGUCAUGAACACUCUCCGGGAAAAGUACAAUGAGAAGAUGAUGAAGAUGGUGCGGGGAGUGGAUUCCACCUACGAGGAGCUGUUUGCGUACGCCUGCCCCAAGUUCAUCACCGCCGCGCCGCCCAACCUGGACGCACCCAGCGCGAACACCAACCAGGAGGCGUACCGGCUGCAGCUGCGGUGUUUCCUUGGCCUGGUGCAGGAGCAGCGCCACCUGCCCAGCCUGAAGCAGCUGCUCAAGCUGUACACGGCCAUCUCGCUGCCCAAGCUCGCCUCCCUCAUGGACCUCGACGAGCCCACCCUCCGCUCCCAACUCAUCCUCCUCAAGAUGACUGGGUACUGCAUAACCUGGAACGGAGAGGGGGACGCCACAGCAGGCACUCGCCAGGCGGCCACGGACAUCGAGUUCCACACCGACAUCGACGAGGAGGGAGUUGAGCUGGUGACGGUGGCAGAGGUGAAGCCGGUGAGGAGGCAGGGCGAGUUUCUGGCGCGGCACAUUGCCAAGUUUGAGGAGAUCGUGCGCGACCUCAACAUGCCCAUCCCCCCACCUGCUGUGGACGGGGCGCCCGCCCUCCCCAGGCCGGCUGUGGCUGGCUACUGA